AUGUCUGCUCAUUACGAUACCGAGCCUCCUCCAACAGCCUCCGCGACCCUCCAUACCACCGUCGGGCCCAUCCACAUCUCCCUGUUUGCGCGACAGACACCGCUCGCGUGCAAGAACUUCCUCCAGCACUGCCUCGACGGAUACUACGAGAAUACCACUUUCCACCGCGUGGUACCCAACUUCAUUAUCCAGGGUGGUGAUCCCACUGGCUCUGGUUCAGGAGGCUCCUCCAUUUACGAAUACCCGGAGUUCGAGUAUGAUCCUCGUGAUGGCGAAAAGGUCGUGUUUAAAGACGAAUUCCACAGCCGACUGCGAUUUAACAGGCGCGGCCUGGUAGGUCUGGCGAAGAGCGAAGAUGGUACCUAUGGAAGCCAAUUCUUCAUUACGCUGGCGAACGUGGAGAGAGAUUUGAAAAAUAGCUGUACCAUGUUUGGCAGGGUAGAAGGAGAGAGCAUAUACAAGGUUGCUAGCAUUGCGGAAGCAGAGCUGGUAGAAGGCUCUGAUCGGCCAAUGUAUGCUGUGAAGAUUACUGGGUGUGAGGUGGAUCAGCUAGGUCCAUUCGAAGGGCAGCUAAGGCGGAGGGAACGUAUUGCUGUUGCAGACAAGGCCUCCGAAGAAGCGCCCAUGAAGGGGAAGAAGAAAAAGAAAGCCAAGGUGGGAAAGGCGCUCUUGAGCUUUGCAGGUGAUGAAGAGGAUGGAGAGGCCAUCGUACCGACAAAGCCGAAGUUCAAUACCCGGCUUGUCAGAGAGGAGGAAGAGGCUGCUUCGGUAGCGAAGAAACAAGCACAAAAGACCAGGGAGGACAGGGACAUGCAUAAAUCAGAGCCAGCGCGAGCACUCAAAGAGCUUCCUGCGAGGAAAAAGAAAGAAAUACCAAAGGCACCACCGCGGGAGCCAGACCCAAAUACACAACUUCCAAUACCAGACCCUGAAUCACCGUCUCGCCCUGCAUCUCCUUCCAGUUCAGAAUCAGAAUCACCGCCUCCUCGCCAAUCGUUGCUCUCCAAAACAAAUGCUGAAAUUGCUGCGCUCAAGGCGUCUAUGAAACGAAGUACAGCUGCCGCACCCGCGGAGCCAGCUAGGAAGAAAUCAGCUCUAGAGUCACUGAUACCAGAAACAUCAGUACGUGGUGCUAGAAAGAGGACGGCGGCAGGAAACUCAUCACAGGAUGCAAUUGCGCUGGACAUGUUCAAUGCUUUCAAAGCCAAACUUGAGAGCGCUGAUUCUGCAUAUAAGUUAUCCAAACCAAAACGAAGCCAUGAUACUAGCUCUAAACCUGAGAAGGAAGACACAGAUAAACAAACUAAUGACCAGGACGAGGAGGAAGAACAGGUCUGUGAUCUACACUUUGUUGCUGGGUGUCUAUCAUGUCGAUCAUGGGACGUCCCUGAGUCAGAAAGGGCUGGGGCAGAAGACGAUGACGAUGAUACAGGUUGGAUGACGCACACGCUUCAAUUUGGUAAAGAUACCCUUGGAAAGGACCUAAGUUGGAAGAAGAAACAUCAGGUGAAUGAUGAUUUGGUUGUUAUUGAUCCACGGCAGAAGGAAAAAGAGAUUACUGGUGCCGGUGGAAGAAAGAGGGAGCGUGAAAGGAAGAGAAAGCUUGAAACAGGGCAUGAUAGAGAGUGGGAUCGAAGAGAUGCUAAAAAGGCUGGGAAUAGUCGCUCAUGA